ACUCACAGACUGAAAGCCAACAGCCACUACACAUUCUGGGCCUGUGGAGCCAAUUUUAUGUGUGUUUCUAAAUCAAUGAUGAGGGUAUCGGAACCGAUAUUGGACAUGGAUAUGGCAAAUUACAGUGAAGUUUUGGAUCCAACUUACACAACUCUGGAGUUUGAAACCAUGCAGAUUCUCUAUAAUUCAAAUGAUAAUUCUGCCCCAGAAACCACAAAUAUGAAUACCACAGACAACAGCGUCAACUGUCUAUGUGCUAUAUGUGGGGACAGAGCAACUGGAAAGCACUAUGGGGCGUCAAGCUGUGAUGGGUGCAAGGGCUUCUUCAGACGUAGCAUACGCAAGAGUCACGUUUAUUCCUGCAGGUUCAGUCGGCAAUGUGUUGUUGACAAGGACAAAAGAAAUCAAUGUCGAUAUUGUCGAUUACGAAAGUGUUUUCGAGCAGGAAUGAAAAAAGAAGCUGUGCAAAAUGAACGUGACAGAAUAAGCACCAGAAGAAGUACAUUUGAUGGCAGCAACAUCCCCUCCAUCAACACACUGACACAAGCUGAAGUUCGGUCUCGCCAGAUCUCUGCCUCAAGCCCUGGUGCAAGCACUGACAUAAAUGUUAAGAAAAUUGCAAGUAUCGGUGAUGUUUGUGAAUCUAUGAAACAGCAGCUCUUAGUCUUGGUGGAAUGGGCUAAAUAUAUUCCUGCCUUCUGUGAGUUACCACUGGAUGAUCAGGUGGCAUUGUUAAGAGCUCAUGCAGGAGAACAUUUACUGCUUGGAGCUACAAAGAGAUCCAUGGUGUAUAAAGAUGUUUUGCUUCUGGGAAACAACUACGUUAUUCACCGCAAUAGCUGUGAAGUUGAGAUCAGCCGUGUGGCCAAUCGAGUUCUAGAUGAAUUGGUUCGACCAUUUCAAGAAAUUCAGAUUGAUGACAAUGAAUAUGCUUGUUUGAAGGCAAUUGUAUUUUUUGAUCCAGAUGCAAAAGGGCUAAGUGACCCAGUAAAGAUUAAGAACAUGAGGUUCCAAGUGCAGCUCAGUUUAGAGGACUACAUCAACGACAGACAGUAUGACUCCAGGGGGAGGUUUGGAGAGUUGCUGCUUCUCCUACCCACCCUACAGAGCAUCACCUGGCAAAUGAUUGAGCAAAUACAAUUUGUUAAACUGUUUGGAAUGGCUAAAAUUGACAACCUACUUCAGGAAAUGUUACUGGGUGGUGCUUCCAAUGAUGCUAACCAUCUCCAUCAUCCAAUGCACCAACAUUUGUCUCAAGAUCCAUUAAAUGGACAAACUAUCCUUUUAAGUCCCAUGUCAAACCUUGUUCAUACAGAUCAGAUCUCAACACCUGAAACCCCUCUUCCUUCCCCACCACAAGGUUCUGGACAAGAACAGUAUAAAAUAGCUGCAAAUCAAGCUUCAGUCAUUUCCCACCAGUCUCUCUCCAAGCAAAAGCAAUUGUGAGACUAUGAUCACUUCUGGGUGACAUUGGAUUAAUGUGAAAAAUCUUUGGUCUCAAAGUAUCUCAGGAUAGUACUUUUGGCAAACUCUUAGCCAAGACUUCUUUAUGGUGCUGUUAGAAGAUGGUAUCCUAUUGUUUUGUUUAUGUGCUCAUUUUGUUUAUUGUUGCUAUUGUUUAAAGCCUUAAGUUGUAAUCAAUGUGUAUCUGAGUUCACUGUUUAUGUAGUCUGUUUUUCCAGCUUCCCUUGCACUGUGCUUGAAGCUGUCCAGUCUUAUGUACUACUUGCAUCUAUUGUCUAAAUAUUAAUUUAAAUCUGUAAAUAACCCCCUUAUAGUGAUGUGAUAUAGAACUAAAGUGUUCUUUUUUGACUGAAAAAAGUAGAGCAGAAAUCUCAGAUUGAUAUACACUGAACUACAUUUCAUAAAUUUUCAACUUCAAAUGAGAAAAAUAAAGCUGUUGGGUAUAUUUCUUUGAAGAAGAACCACCUGUGGAUUCUUAUCAUAUGGAUCUCCUAUGGCUAAGAUACAUCCUUUUUGACCCAAGUUAAAUGUCUAUCUGAAGUUUAGAAAAUCAUAAAUCACCAUUUCAAUGAUGACUGGAUAUUCUUUAAAUUCUGACUUAUUUGAAGAUGUAUGUUAAAGUAAAAUAUGUUUUUACCAAAGUGUAAAAAUGAAAUCCUAAAACAGUGGCUCAAUCAAGAGAGAUGUUUACUUUUCUCUCCUAAAACAAUGAGAAUCACUCAUUAAUUUACUACAAUUUGGCAUGUUCACUCUCUAGUUUCCAGGGAAGUUGCAAGAGUAUCUUUAGGUGAAAAGCAUUGUGCCAACUAAAACCAAACAAUGUUGGGUGACUGAUAGUGGGAGACAAAUUAGCCAUCUUAUCACACACAUGUGCCUCAGUUAAUCCUCACAAUAACCCCUAAAGAGAGGUGUUUUUAUUGUUCUCAUAUAAAUAAAGAAACUUUAGUUCAGAGGGUUUUAGUAAUGUAACCAACAUUCAUAAACCGAAAGAGUAGAAAGUCAUAUUUAAGCCUAACUCUGGUUGAUUCUUAGAAGUAUAUAUCUUUGGUAUGGAAUGAUAAAAGUGAGCUUUUUACUGUGGUUUCUUAAUAUAGAAGCAAAUGAGUGAUGAUUGAAUACAAUCCAUCAUGCUACUUGUAGUACAUUUUUACAUGUAGACAAUGAGUGUAAAUUUAUUGCAAAUGAAAGAGACCCCUUUUGUACUUUCAAUGAGUUAUCCUCUUAAAAGUUUUAAACAAAUUACAGAAAAUGAGAGCUACACCAGGUAAAUUCUGAUAAAAACAAAAACAAGUGCACUAAUUUAGCAGAUUUAAAUAAAAAAUUCCAGCAGCCCAGCAUACACUGAAUGUCUAAUUCUGGACUGAGGAAUACAGAUUAUUUGAUGUCAUUUGAAUCUGGGACUUAUUUAAAAACAAAGAUGAGUCACCCCAUGAAACAAUAAACUCAUAAUCUCCAUUCCUUCUCUCUCACAUAUACACUUGCACACCCCCAUACGUUAACUGGUAAAAAAGGGGAAAACUACUUGAGCAAUUAUCAGUGAUAUAAAAUAUAGUAUCACAAGUAAGAGACUGAUUAAAACGAUUUUUCCAGGACAUUUUAAAAUUUCUAAGAUUAUGAUUUUAUAUUGUUAACUUAUUGUCUUUAAAAGUGAAAUAGUACUUUUAAAGUGGAAUAAUGAUUAUUUAGAAGCUAGCAUUGAUUUAAUUAAAUUUAUAAAAUUACUUCAAGAGCUAGCACCUUUGUGAAAUUGUAAAAUGUAUCUUUGAGAGAGAAGAGGAAUGUUUUUCA